AUGCUGGCCUGGCCGAUCGAUCUCGACUUCAACCUCGACAUUCGCCAACUUGAACGCGUCAAGGCUGAAGGUCCAGGUGCAGAUGCAGGUGAAGGGCUCCUCAUGCCUCCGGAACGAGCAAAUGCCCCGGUGAAGCUGUCCCUUCCAUUGCAAUACCAGCAGGACAUCUUCACCGAACUACGAACCGAGGAUGAGCUAGUCAUUCUGGCCCGCGGCCUCGGUCUCCUCCAUCUGAUCGCGAACCUUCUACACUUCUACGAUGCGGCUGGAAACAACCUAGUUCUGUUGGUGGGAGCGGAUGAUCGGGAGAAUGAUUGGCUCGGAGAGGCAUUGGCGGAACAGGCUGCGAUCAGUAAAUCCCCUUUAGCUAGGGGCUUGAAGAAGAUCAACACGGAUAGGGCAUCGGUGCCUAUGCGGGAGCGACUCUACAGCCAGGGUGGUAUCUUGAGUGUGACCUCCAGGAUAUUGAUCUCAGAUCUGCUUUUGGAUCUGGUCGACCCUGACAAGAUCACGGGCAUGAUUAUUCUACAUGCCGAAAAAGUCGUUGCGACGUCCCUAGAAGCAUUCAUCGCUCGUGUCUACCGACAAAAGAACAAAAAUGGAUUUUUGAAAGCCUUCUCCGACUCACCCGAACCGUUUACCACCGGCUUUGCCCCUUUGGCCAAUAUGCUCCGAAAUCUGUUUCUGCGGAAGGCAUCUCUAUGGCCCCGAUUCCAUGUCUCCGUAGCCGAAGCUUUAGAGGGUAAUCGGAAGGCUGAGGUGAUUGAACUCGAAGUUCCGAUGAGUACGAAAAUGCGCGAGAUUCAAAAUGCCGUCCUUGAAUGCGUCGAUAUCAGCAUUGCAGAACUACGAAAAUCAAAUACCGGCUUAGAUAUGGAGGAGUGGACCCUGGAUAGUGCUUUGCAUCGCAAUUUCGAUGUCAUGAUUCGGCGACAGAUCGAACCGAUCUGGCACCGCGUCAGCUACCGAACGAGACAAAUUACCAAUGCUCUUCGCGAUCUUCGGGGCAUUCUCCAUGCGCUGCUUACCUAUGAUUCUGUGUCUUUCGUGAAAUAUUUAGACACAAUCGUUACGGCUAACUCACCAGCCCCUGGGUCAAACAGACACAACGACUCUCCUUGGCUUUUCCUUGACGCUGCGCAUGUACUAUUCCAAACAGCGAAGGCAAGAGCAUACGAAGGAAAAAUAAGCAAGGAUUUGCAUCGUCCCUACGGAUCUACGACCUUCUCCUCUGAGCUACAGCCUGUGCUUGAACCGCUCCCAAAGUGGGAUGUUCUCACUGAAGUCCUCGGCGAGAUUGAGCAUGAUGCUUACCUUCACCCAUCAAGCCAUGAUGGAUCCAACGGCACUAUUCUGAUAAUGUGCAGCGAUCAGCGAAUAUGCCGGCAGCUCCGUGAAUACAUCAGCACGAUGCAUACGAAAGUUGGUAACACAAAAGCUGCCCCUGAUGGGGAUGAAUCCGUCGAAGAUACUUCAUCUGCAAGCAUUAUGAUGCGUCGUUAUCUGCGUGACUACCUCAACUGGAAACGAUCUCUCUCCAAUAUUAAUAAGAACCUCUCUCUAUCUGUCGGCGGAAAUGACACUGGGAAACCAGGGUCCGCUCAGGGUCAACAAGGAAGGCCCCCGCCAAAUAAGCGUCGUCGAGUUCGCGGUGGUGGAGCUGUCAACUCAGCCUCUGGACGCGUGCCAAAUGCCAGUGUUCAGACGAAUGUUGAAUUGCCCGAUCAAGUUGCGAGCUUGCUUAAUGAGAUCCAACCUACUGAAGUCGAAGAAGAACAGAAAGAAGAAAUCAUUAUUGAUGAUAUGAUGGAUAUAGAGGACUAUUACGAACUUUACGACAUGGACGAUCUAAUCAUGAUUCACCCCUAUGAUGAAGAGAUGGACAGUCAAAUACUUGAAGAGGUGCGACCGCGAUACAUCAUCAUCUCUCACGUUGGAAGAAAUGUGAAAGUGUAUUUCAUAUACUACGGUGGAUCUGUGGAGGAACAGCGUUAUCUCAGCGCGGUGCGGCGAGAGAAGGACUCUUUCACAAAAUUGAUCAAGGAGAAGGGGAACAUGGCCGUAACAUUAUCCCACGAUAAAAGUUCCGAAGACCCCCAAGAGCAAUUCCUCCGGACCGUCAAUACUCGUAUCGCCGGAGGAGGUAGAUUGGCAGCCACCGCAGCCCCUCCGUUAGUAGUGGUUGAUCUGCGAGAGUUCCGAAGUGCUCUCCCUUCCCUUCUACACGGUAGCAACAUGGUAAUCAAGCCCGGUGUACUGACUGUGGGCGAUUAUGUCCUCACGCCAGAUAUCUGUGUUGAGCGGAAAUCUGUUCAGGAUUUGAUAUCCUCCCUGAGAAAUGGCCGUCUCUACAACCAAGCUGAAAGCAUGCUUCAACACUACAAGAGCCCCUUACUUCUCAUCGAGUUCGACCAGAACAAGUCCUUUACCUUCGACGCUUUCUCCACGGGACCUUCCUUCAUGACUGAAUCCGGAUUUUCAUCAACCGGGGCAGCGAUCAGCUCGAGCACGAGUGCACUUGCCAAUCCUUCCAACCCCAAAUCUCUUCAACACCUCCUCACCGCGGAAAUCUUCGCUGAACUCAAGAAGAACGCCCCUGAGCCGAACCCAAAUCAAGCGGUUAUGAUUGGUACUGGCAUAGAGUGGACGGAUAUGUCCGAUUCGGGCACUGGCACGACAGGGACAGCUGGGAUUGAGCACCGAACUUUCAAUCCUCUUCCGCAGGAUAUGUUACGCGCGGUCCCGGGGGUUUCGCCACAAGCUCUGGAACGGCUAAUUCUCGAGACCGAUAAUCUCACCGAGAUUGCUAAUAUGGAAGUUGAGCAGUUGGAUCCGCUAGUUGGUAAGGAGGCUGCGCGGAAAAUUGUCGGCUUCUUCCAGAAAAGCGUUUUUGAAGAUUAG